GGUCGCACACGCAGCAACAAACAUGAAGCUUAUUUUAACACUAUCGGUUCUAGUGGCAGUAGCUAUGGCCCAAGAAUAUGCGGAACUACUGGACAAACUUCUUAAGGAGGGAAACGAUCGAUUCACUGCAAGAAUGUUUAAUGAAGUGGUAAAGAGCAAACCGGAUGAAAGUGUUGUAUUGUCUGCGUUCUCUGUGAUGACUCCUCUGGCCCAACUUAGCUUGGCGUCAGAAGGUGCAUCUCAUAAUGAGCUUCUCAAAGCCAUUGGUCUCCCCAACGAUAACAUUACAAAAGCAGUAUUUUCUCGACUGAACAACAGGUUGCUAUCAAUAAAAGGCAUUGAACUCAAAACAGCUAGCAAAAUAUAUGUUCCUAAAGGUUUCGAGUUGAAUCCUGAAUUUUCUGCUAUCACCAGAGAUGUCUUCAAGUCUGAAGUGAAGAAUGUAGAUUUUACGAAGAACACGGAAACAGCUAAAGAAAUCAAUACUUGGGUAGAAGACCAAACCAACAACCGUAUCAAAGAUUUAGUGAAAGCUGAGCUCUUGGAUUCCUACACCCGUCUUGUACUUGUCAACGCUAUUUAUUUCAAGGGCAAAUGGGACAGUCCUUUCAAUAAGAAAGAUACCACGGAGCAAGACUUCUACGUCUCCAAAGGCAAAACAAUCAAAGUUCCAAUGAUGCACACAAGCGAUGAAUUCAAAUAUGCUGAUAGCAAGGAGUUGAAUGCCCAGUUGUUGGAGCUGCCUUACAAAGGAUAUGAAGCCUCUUUCAUCGUAAUUCUACCCAAAGAAAUUGACGGCCUUGCGGCUCUCGUAGAAAAGCUUAAAGAUCCUGCCGCCUUGGAAUUAGCUACAUCGAAUAUGAACUAUUUUGCCAUAGAAGUAUCUUUGCCCAAAUUCAAGAUUGAGACUGAAACUAAUCUUAAGACUGUUCUUCCAAAAAUGGGUGUGAAUCGUCUUUUCCAUUCUCACCAAGCACAAUUGAGUCGUUUGAUAAAGGACGACAAAAGUAUGUUUGUAAGUGCAGCCAUCCAAAAGGCAUUCAUUGAAGUCAAUGAGGAAGGUGCUGAAGCAGCAGCUGCAAAUGCUUUCACGUCAGACAGAAUAACAGGGGGACCAAUGCAGUUUAUAGCAAAUCAUCCGUUCGUCUUCCUAUUAAAGGCAGGGCAAAACACUCUCUUUAGCGGAGUUUUUCUCUUCAAGAACGAGAAAUAAUCCGCUUAUUUUUAAGACACAUCCAAAUACACCGAUUUGACAAAAUCAAAUGCCAAAUUUUAUGUUCAUUGUCAAUAAAUAUUUUCAAUUACACUA